CAAUGACACUUCAUAGUGCGGGUAGUUGGGGUUAGGGUUAGGACUCGAUCUGUUCACUUUUCUUCUAAACUUUCCACCCUUCCUGUAGCGGCUCUCUGGUGUCUCCGAUGUCGUAAUUUCUGGUCUCAUCACAAGUCUACACUGCUCCUAAUGGAUAAAUGCAUACUGCAUCUCAGGGACGCAUAGCAUUCAUUUCUGAGGAAGUACACAACCAACGCUCGACACCGCCGCAGGAUACGCAAGGCUGAUGUCAUGCCAAGUUAAAAGCGAGUAUGCUCAGGGCUUUAUAGUCCAUCAUCUGUGACUCUGCAGGCCAGUAACAGGAACGACAGAAGCAAUAUGACAUUUAACAAAAGUCAAAAUAUUGGGAAUAUUUCCACAAAGUAAAAGCUGCCCUCUCCACCGUCUUACUUGUUGAAUUAGCUCGCUACGCAUGCACGCUGACACAUGUGAAGGCCGACCUUCUGCUCAUGUGCAGAGAGCUGCUCAGAGGAAGAGAAGCAGAAACUGUAGACGCUUCCAGGAUUUCUUUUCUUGCAGCUUUUCUUCCCGUAACGAUUACUUUUAUGAAAAAGUAACUAUUAUUAGUCCUCUGGAAGAUAGAAAAAGGAAGCAGCACAUGGAGGGGAGAACUUUGACUUUUCUUUUCUUAUCAGGUCUGUAUUUCCUUCCUGUCUGUUUCCCUCGUCGCUACAUCCUCGUUAGAGAGGCAUUAAACUGGACUGAAGCUCAGAGAUACUGCAGAGAGAAGUUCAUAGACCUGGCCUCUGUGAGCAGCGAGCAGGAGUCAGAGCAGCUGCGGGAAGCUACAGAGGAACAUGAUGAGGGUCAUCUGUGGAUCGGACUGUACGAUGACAUCGACAGCUGGAGGUGGUCCCUGGAGGAGGAGGGAUACUAUGGAGAAGGAGAAGCCGAGUUCAGGAAGUGGGGUGGCUUGGAACCCAAUAACUUGAGGGGAAUCGAACACUGUGCAAUGAUGCAUAUCAGCGGCCUAUGGAAUGAUGCUCCUUGUGAUACAAAGAGAUGGUUUACAUGCUUUAAGGACUCCUCCUCCAGCUUCAUCUUAGUGAAUGAGUCAAAGACCUGGACGGAGGCUCAGAGAUACUGCCGAGAGCGCUACACUGACCUGGCCAGUGUGAGGAACCAAUCAGAGAACGACCAGAUCAAGGGGCUUUUGAAGAACAGUUACACCUGGAUCGGCCUCAACAGAGACUCGUGGAAGUGGUCUGAUGGGAGCCCCUAUUCCUUUACGAGUUGGAACAUUAAGAAACAGAUUGACCGUGUGGUUCCUCCCUGUGUGCGUCUACACAAAGGGCUUUGGCAUCGCUAUAGAUGUGAAAAAAAACACUUCUUUUUGUGUCAUUUUGAGCCGGUGAAGCCGCAGCGGGUGCUGAGGGUGAAAGUGACCCUAAAAGACUCGACUGUGAACCUGGAGGAGGCCGCAGAUGCCGUCUUGCUACAGUUCAGAGAGAGGCUGAAGGAGCACGGCCUGAGAGAAGACGUGAAGCUGACAUGGAGGAAGCAGCCGGAUGGAAAGAUCUUCAACCUGGAAAAAAGAGAGAAGAAGAAGAAGGAGGAGGAGGAGGAGCAGUUAAUCUGUCUCAGGUCUCAGUCUCUGGCCUUAGGUCUCAGGUCUCUGGUCUAA